AUGUCAACGCAAGAUUAUCCAUAUGAAAUUAAAGACUUAGGACCGGAAGAAACCUCAGAAGCAUUCAAAUAUUUCAAUAAACAUCGUAGGCUGGAAGGUGCUGUGCGUGUAGGCCCUAAAGGUUAUUUCUUGCAAGGUGGAUUCAAAAAGGAAGCAGUUCCAAUUUAUAAUUUGCCCCUAAAAGCUGAUGAUGUAUUCGUACUAUCCUACCCGAAGUCAGGUACAACUUGGGUCCAGGAACUUGUAUGGUUAAUUGGAAAUAAUUUGGACUACGAACAAGCUGCAGCUAUCCCCCUCGUAAAACGAUUCCCAUUUUUGGAAUAUUCAAUAUUUUUCAACAGUGAAGCAGCUGAACAAAUGUUUUCCGAUAUUUACAAAGGCGAUGAAAACAAAAUUAAGAUUGUCAAUGAAGUCAUGAGAAAACCCGGCUAUAAAAUCGUGGAGGGGCUGCCGUCGCCGCGCUUCGUGAAGUCGCACCUGCCGCUGUCGCUGCUGCCGCCCGGCUUGCUGCGCGCGCGCGUGGUCUACGUGGCGCGCGACCCGCGCGACGUCGCGGUCUCGUACUACCACCACCAAAGCCUAACAUUUUAUUUUCGAUGUGGAUUUACUGGAGACUUCACUCAUUUCUGGGACUGCUUUAGAAAAGAUAUGAACUUAGGUAUUAUAAUUUCAGUUGACUGGACUCCGUACUUUGAACAAGUCAAAGAGGCGUGGGACAAACGAGAUCAUCCAAACAUGUUGUUCCUUUUCUACGAAGAAAUACUUGAGGUAAGGCGGGUAAUGUCAAUUAUUAAAAAGUCAAAUGAGUUACAGACACUAACCAAAAUUGGUAUUAUCUACAUACCUACAUACUACACUUACUUUAUGUCACGAACUAAAAGUAUAAAAUACAAAUUAAUACAAUACACCUCAGGAUUUAGUUUAAUCGUUACACAAAAGGCCAAUCAGCACUCUGUUUUUGAGAACCACUUGGCACCAAAGCCCGUAACUUUUUCUUCGUUCUUGCAGGACCUGGCCGGCGCGGUGCGACGCGUCGCGCAUUUCCUCGGCGCGCCCGUGAGCGAGGAGCAGGUGGUACGCCUCUGCGACCACCUCAGCUUCCACAACUUCAAAAACAACAAAUGCGUUAACUUCGAUAUAUUUAAGUAUUUGGGCUUAGUAAAAGAAAACGCACACUUUAUAAGAAAAGGCAAGGCGGGCGGCUGGCGCGAGUACUUCGACGAGCAGAUGGCGGCGCAGGCGCAGCAGUGGAUCGACGACAACCUGCGAGGGACUGACCUGCGCUUUCCGAGUGUCAAGAAAUAG